AUGCUGGAAUACUUCAAGACCCCUGAGGAAUUUGAAGAAUACCUGUUUCUCACACCCUCUGAGAUCUGGUCGACAUUUGCUGAACAAUUUGAGCUUGCCAUCAACAACGUCAAGGAAGACAAGGACUCAGACGAAGAAUUGAUGGGACGCAUGACUGCAUUGGAGAAUAUGCCCAGGGAAAGGGCUGAGGGAGAGGGCCCGCCCAGUGAAGAGUUCAUCGACGACGAUGCUCAGCUAGUGGAAAAUGGGAGCUUUCUUGGUGUAAAGCUCGCGCAGAAGAAGGUCGCUAUCGAGAAGGAAGGAGAGAAACAAGCCAAGGCGAUUCGAGCCAAGGAACGAGAGGGACACUAA